GUGAGGGCCAUCCCUUUAAUGCCACUGGGUUUGGUUGCACACAAGCUGCAGUUUCAGUUUGUUUUAUUCACCAUUUUGAGUAGCUGAAGGAAAAAAUAAGGAUAUUUGUGUUUAGAUAGCCAAAGCUGGACGUUCUUUUAUUUUUACGUGCUAGCUUGGACAGUGGAGUCGCGCAGCAGCCUCGCGCCUCUUGGUGUUGUGCAGAGCGGGAAUCUUGUUUCUUUACCCCCUCCCUGUUCUUUUUCUUCUCCCCUCUCUAACUUCCACAGUAUUCCUGCAAAAUGUCAAGACCAGUGAGGAACAGGAAAGUGGUGAACUAUUCACAAUUCAACGAGUCUGACGAUGCAGAUGAGGAGUACAGUGAGGACAAGCCUAAGAAGGUGCGCCCAGCCCCUCGUGAGCCGAAGCACAAGCGCUCAAAGAACUCGCAGGAUGACAGUGAGGACUCUGAUGAAAAGCUCACCAAAUCCAAAAAUGAUUCAGCGGAGGACUUUGGCAGUGAGGAGGAAGACAAUGACUUUGGAGAAGAGGAGGAGGAUGAAGAUGGAGGCAGUGACUAUGAAGAAGAGAGAGGGAAGAAGGCAAAGAAAACCAAGGUGGAGAAGACCAGCAAGAGGGGCCCAAAGAGAAAACGGGCUGCAGAUGACAGCGAUGAUGACAAGGAAGUGAGUCGAAAGCGUACGGUGAGGCAGGCUGCGUCCAAGGCUGUUUCAAAACAGAGAGAGAUCCUGUUGGGAGAUGGAGGGAGUGAGGAUGAGGAGCACGAAGACCAGGAGGAGCCCUACAUGGAUCCUGACGAGUCUGGCAGCGAUGAAGACUUCAUGGUGGAGGAUGAUGAUGACAGCGACUAUGGCCGCUCCAAGAAGAAAGGAAAGAAGAUCAUCCGACGGGGACGGCCGGACAAGAAAGAGAAGAAGAGCCCCAAACCCCGACUAAAGGCCACAGUCACCCCCAGCCCGAUGAAAGGAAAGGGCAAGGGACGCCCCAGCACCAAGACCGUGGAGAAGAGCUCACCCAAAGAGGAAGAGGAGGAAGAAGAGCCAGAAAGUCCUCUGGAUGACGAAGAGGACGAGGCACCUGAGAAGAAGGAGGAGACUUCCCCCGCCCCCAAGACAACGAAGGAAUCUGCAGGAGGAGAGGAGGAAGAGGAGGAAGAUGACGAGGAAGAGAAUGGCUCAGAAGAGGAGGCGCCCUCUGGAGAAGACUAGAAGAUGGUACCUGUUUGAAGCCCAUCCUCCACAUCUUUCUCUGUCUCUUAUUGAUAUGUUUAUCUUUUGUUGCUCUGUAUUUAGGUUGGUUUUUUUUUUUUUUUCUAUCGUUAUCUUUUCUCCUGGUGGCCUGGCUCAAUGGUUUGGAGACUUUAUGCUUUGUGCCCUUACUUCCUGUUUGAACCAGCACCACAAUGUUUUCAGCAUCCACCCCUUCUGUACAACAGCGUCCCAGGAUUCUCAGCGUUAAUGAGCAUCCGUUCUACGUCAGAGCAGAGCAGUGACAUGAUUACUAGCAUCCUUGGAUAACCUUUUACUGUUUCUUUUUCCCGGUACAGGCGCUGUGCUUCAUGCACAUGAACACGCCCGAGGUUUACAUCCUUAGUUUCUUCUCUGCUUCGUGCUGUUAGCAUUGCAGAGUGUUGAAAUGACCCUUGUUUUAUUUAAGGCAGCCUUCAGAUACUGCUGCACAUGGUUUCCUGAGGUAUUCCAUAUGUAGUUAAAGGUGUCCCCUCAUGCUCCACAGCUUUCAGAGCAGCACGCUUGUGAUUCUUUUUAUUCUGUUUUAACAUCCAUGUUAAAAUCUGUCCACCUGUUUGGCACCUCCUUUGUUAUUUCACCUUCAUGUGCUCAUCAGCUACUUCUUCUCUUUCUUCUCUUACAUGCAGCUGUUUUUUAACGCAGUUUCAAACAGCGCCCCCUGUGUGGCUGCAGCAUCCUAACAUCCAAGCCCUUGUGCCAGGCGCCUCCACAUCCUAUUUUGUUUUCAGAAAUGCAACAAGAGGUGUUUUUUCUUUUGAGAGUUUAAAACAAGAAUGUUUUUUUUUUUUCUCCUGUUGGUUCAUUGUUCUAAUUCUCUAUUCAGAUUUUUUUGUAAUGUUUGUUUUUUAAGAAAAAGAAAUAAAAUGUAUCUUGAUUUUAAAGAAAAACCGUUGACCCUAUCUAAUCUGUUCUGUGUGAUGGUUGGAGCAACCAUCCCUUACUGCACUCCUUCCUCCCCCCAUCAGCUUAGUGGUUACUGUUGGUAUCCAGUCAGUUUAUGUUCAAUUCUUUACGUUGCCCACAUUAGUAUUUCCCAUGUGAAUACAUUCGUAAUCCCAAAAUUCUGGGGCUCUACGUAGACUAAAGCUGGGCAGCUUGGUGUUCGGGUUCAUUUGUCUGUCAACGCCUUAAUUUUCAAUCGGUUUGGUUUCACUAGUGGCUCUGAUAUCAUCCCUGAAGGCCUGAGAAUGUAACAAGUCCUCAUGUUUUAAGCCUCUGCUACAAGCAGCAAGCUCGGCUUGAAACAAGUCACCAAUUUGUCCACUCAGCAGAACAUCCAAAGCCAUAGACGAUCUCAGUACUUGUGAUUUGUAGAUCAGGUGCAGCACUUGUGAGAUUAUCCUUUUUAGCGAUACGCAGUGUUUGAUGUCAAAGCAAAUAAAUAAAUAAACGCAAGAACUUGCUGUUGCAACUUUGGGACACUGUUUUUCAUUUGGAAUGUCCUAAGGCUGCGAUAGAAAGAUGUCCUGGGUUCUUGCAGGAAUCUGGAACCUUUGUUCAGAAGCACAUUAGAUUGUUUUCUACCUGCCUGAGACAGCAGGUCAGUGUUUUUCUAUGUUCAGGUCCUGAAUUGGCACCAAAUCCUUACAGUCCAGUCAUUUUAACACUGUUGGAUGUUUAAAAACCAGGAUAAGGUUUGUUCCAAGCUGAUGCUCAGAGCUCUGCAGAGUUCGCAACACUGAGGGCUUAAAACCAAGCUCCUCCAUUCUCCCACAGGAGGCACAUGGCAUAAGGCUGUGGUUCUGUUUCUCUCUCAUCCACUCUUCAACUUUGAUCUGUUUUUUUUUUCUUUUUCUGAUCUACGUUGAGUUGUUCUGGCAAUGUUAAUGUAAGCCAAUCUGUGAUUCCUACAGAGACCAGGCAGUGAAGCUUUUGUCAGUCUUGUGGAAAAAGGAACACUGAACUCUUCAAUCUUUUUGCAUGUUGUGGAAAAAGUGCGAAGCGAUGAUGUUGAAUAAUGCUGGCAGUAGCAACCAUGUGGUCUAAAGGAAAAGUAUUAACAACAAUGUUGAAUAAUGUUUUGGUUUCCCAGCUUCUAAUAAAGGCAACCUACUUUUUAUACAGAUUA